GCGUUGCAAGACCUGGUAUGCGUCAGCAACGCCUGGGCAGAGGAACGCGCCCAAUCUGUUGUAGGCUAUUCGGCCUGUAUGCCAGCGGUCAGUGCUAUCCGUUUUCCUUGGGACGUCCCUACCCUAUAAACCAUAACUCUUACCCAUUUUACGUUUCAACUUCAAUGGUUUAUGGACGUCCCAAGGAUCCCGGAUUGCAUCGGGCCCAAUAUGGGCCCGGAAGUUGUCAGGUAAAAUUUAUAUCCGGAGAUGCUGCCGUCGCCAGAGACAACAAACAGAUAUUCUGACAUUUAAAAACGACAACAAUAGUCGUUCGUCAGUCAGCUGGUGAGAGAAUGAAUGCUGAUGACUGCAAUGGAUUUUCACAUAUGUCAGGCAGUGGAGGAGAGUCGGCAAAGGAGCGAGGUGAUUUCUGUGGAGGUCUGAGGGUUCCAACAUUGACCACUCCAAACUGUAAACAGUCCUCUCCAAACAGAUCUCUUAGUGUGAGCACCAUUAAGGUAGAACUCUACAGUGACAAUGAGUCUGCAGGUUCUCCACAGCCAGAGAGAAGAGAUGGAGAGAGGGAUGAUGACAGAGGGGACAAGACAGACGAGGGGAGUGGGGUAUGGGGAGGACCAGGAAAGGGUUACGGGGAGCUGGCCAGUCCUCAGCCUGCAUCUGCCGGUCCCAUCCGACUGCCCAAUUGUAAGCUCCAAUGUGACGUGUGUGGAAUGGUCUGCAUAGGGCCCAAUGUACUAACAGUGCACAAACGCAGCCACACAGGUGAGCGUCCAUUCCAGUGUAACCAGUGUGGAGCCUCCUUCACCCAGAAGGGGAACCUGCUGCGCCACACAAAGCUGCACUCUGGAGAGAAACCCUUUAAAUGUCCCUUCUGUAACUACGCCUGUCGCCGCCGGGACGCACUCUCUGGACACAUCCGCACACACACUGUGCCCUCUCUGACAGUGGGUAAACUUUACAAAUGCAGUUACUGUGGUCGUAGCUACAAGCAGCAGAGUACCCUGGAGGAACACCUUGAACGCAGCCACAACUCCUUAAAGAGUCUACAGAACCAUCAGCCAGCACUCAGCACUGUCCCCACUACACAGGGGGAGGAGUCCCCAGGCAUGGAGCUGAUCCCUGAACCAGAGCCUGUCCUCCAGCCGUCCACUGAAAAACAGUCCUCCAUACACAGGCUGGUCAACGGCGUCACCAAACGAAAGAGGUCCACACCACAGAAGUUUCUGGGAGAAAAGCACAUGAGGCUCAACAACCGUGAUCUACCUUAUGAACCAUCACCUGGCCCUGAAGAGGAUAAGAAUGGGGACCUGCACUCUGACCUUGAUGGAGAAGCUGGUGCUACAGGGUUAGCAGGGAUUGGGGGCAGGUUCCUCCGCAAGUGUGGAGGUGGUGAGGACCCUGGGUCUAAGCCCCCUCAGCUGGCCCUGUCCUACCCUGCCUGCCUGUCCGACUCCAGCCCAGUCAUCAGCUCUGUUUACAGCCACCGGACUCCUCUGGGUCCCCAGGUCAAUGGUGGAGCUGGAGAUGUGGCCGUGUCUGUGGAGCUCGCUGGACGGGAAGCAGGCGAGGGACACAAGAACGUUCCCUCAGGUCACAGCAACAUCCACAGCCUCACUGUCAGCAACGGCCCCAGCAACGGCCCCAGCCACGGCUGCCACGAUUUCAAAGACAAGUCCGACACAGAGAGCACAGCAGAGGAGCAGCAGAGCACCAGGGUUACAGCUCCAACCAGAAACUCCAACAACCCCCACCUCCUCCCUCAUCUACAUUACCCAACCCCAGGCCUGCUCCACAGCCGCACCCAUCUCCGUCCCAACCCCAGCCAGGCCAACGACCCAGACAUAGAAAGGGAGAGAGGAGACAGGGCCUGCCCCGUGCCCAUCGACACCACCAUCCCAACUAGCGUGAAGGGAUCGAGGACCCCUGGUUUAGGGUCACCCUCCAUCUCCAGGGAGGCUUCUAUACAGGUGGUGGAUGGGGAGGGGCGAGCAGUGCGGUCAUUCCGCUGUGAGCACUGUCGCAUGUUCUUCCUGGACCACGUGAUGUUCACCAUCCACAUGGGCUGCCACGGCUUCCGCCAGCCCUUCCAGUGCAACGUCUGUGGGCACCACAGCCAGGGCCGUUACCAGUUCACCUCGCACAUCAUCCGCGGGGAGCACCAGGUGGGCUGACGAGGGGAGUUAAAGGGGAGAUUCGGUCCCAACUUGGCCCUAACCCUUCCCCUUCAAUGUUUACACAAAUCUGAAGGGUCUGGAUUGGGAUAAUCAGUGUACUGGUGGAGCUUUCUCUGUAUUGCUUCCACCUUACAGAUCUAUUCACAUCAUUAAGGCCAAGGGUAGAGGUGGGAGCGAAUUGGGACUGGCUAGGGAAGGAGGGAGGUUGCUGCUUUAAGAAGACAUGGGCUCAGGUUUGUUCUGCACCACGUUACACAGAGACAGACACACAUUGCCUUAACUGUUACAUAGCAGCAAACCGUUAAUUUAAUUAUUUUUUAGAGUACGUGAUCAUGUGUAAAGGAGAUUAUGACGAACGUAAAAUAUCCUGUUUAAGGGCACUUCAAUAUUUUAGGUGACGUGGAUCGUUUACUGUGGAUGGUUACAGAUUUCAGGGGUGGAGAAGUAGAGAGUUAAUAGGAGCCUUGUAAUUCCGGUGCAGAUCAGACUCUUGAACCAUCCAGUGAUAGAUAGGAGUUGACUGAGGUGGUCAUAUGCGAUUGAGGAUUGCACUUUUAGAUUCUUUGCUUAAAUGUGAUAAUAGUGUGAAGUGAAAAUGACUUUUACCUUUGGAGGGUUUUGUUGUCUGAGAUUGCUGUAAUGCACUGAUAAAUUAUAUUGUAACGCUUUAAAUUACGACUUUGUAUAAGAAUGCUCUGCACACCAGAUGAACAGUGUUUUAUAGGAUUUUCUUAAUGAGACGGGCCAUCUACAGAACUGGGUAAUGUAUUGGUCUGUCCCUCCACUUAAAAUGGGUGCUUUAUUGACCAUAUUGUGACUGACAAUAUGUCAUGUCUUGUAAUCUCCAUCCCAAUUUUACAGAGGUGACUCGAUGUCAACUUCCACAGAAUGUUGUAAUUUUGCACUGAAUGGUCCAGGAAACGAGGACUACUUUGAUGGGUAGACUCCAUUUGCACAAAUGGAAACUGAAUAGUGAGAAAAGCACUUAAAAAAUAUUUCAGUCUAUCGAAGUUUCUCUACUUUUGUAUAGUUCUGUGAAUAUAUGUAUGUUGUAGUGUGCGUUUAGCAUAGUUUUGGUAGAUGUGGUCAGCUAUAUCCCAAAUCUUGUCCAACCACAGCACAAGCAGCCCAUUAUUAAUCCAGAAAAUGUUACCUCCUGCGAUUUUAAAGCAACCGAAAACCUCUAAAUGCAUUUGAGUUUUUGCAGUGUGUGAAGUGUACAAUGUUUGAGACCAAAUUCAGUGUUUUAUGUGAAAUGUUUAGUCUUUGUUUGCAUCCUCCUGUGAAAAAUGACAAACAAAUGUAUUGGUAUCUUUAAAAAACUCAAAUCAAAUUGUACUAUGAAUGCACUUGAUGUACAUAGGAUAAUUCUAGGACGUAUGAAUGUGCUUAUCAGUUUCUCAUUAAUGUAUCCUUUCCACUGUGUGAUGACAAAUUAAUUAUGUAUGAACUGUGAAGUAACCUCAAGCACCAACAGAGCAAUCAAGGUUGCCAGGUUUUGCUCAAAUCUGUAGCCCAAUGACCAGAACCCCCCCCCCCAAAAGGACUGAAAACUAGGCCAACAUUUUUUUUACAGCAAGAGUAGAGUUUCCACAUUUAUACAAUAAAACUAUUUUUUCAUAAUGUUAUCAAGCCAAUAAAGAAGGAAAAUCAACAAAUCAACGUAACUUGUAACUACGUUAGAAGCUAAAUAGUUUUUUUUAAAUCAAAAUAAUAUUUUUUUCAGAAUAAACUCAUUUGAAUAUAUCGCAAGAGAAAAGAUAAUUUUUCCUUAUUAAACUCGCCAGAUAAUUUUCCAUCAAUGGCUGUCGAUUUAAUUUAUUUGACUGCUAUGAUUAAGCAAUAAGGCACGAGGGGUAUGGUAUAUGGCCAAUAUACCACGGCUAAGGGCUGUUCUUAAGCUUGACUAAACGCGGAGUGCCUGGAUACAGACGUUAGCCGUGGUAUAUUGGCCAUAUACACAAACCCCCAGGGUGCCUUAUUGCUAUUAUAAACUGGUUACCAACAUAAAAGUACAUUUUUGUCAUACCCAUGGUAUACAGUCUGUUACCAUGGCUUUUAGCCAAUCAGCAUUCAGGGCUCGAACCCCAUUUUAUAAUUGUAAAUAAUUCCCUUUUGAGCAUGUGCAUAACUAUAGAUAUAUCCGAUUGGAGAGUUUGAGUGAUGAAUGUUGUACAGAGGAUCUCAAUCUCUGAGCAAAAAAUACUUGGAUAAACUUUUUAAAAAACAAAUGUUUUCUGGCAAUUGUGCCAUUAUUAUGUGCCAUAUGAUUUUAAGACUACAAAGAGUAAUAAAUGGCCUAUUUAGGA